GAAAUCAAAAAACCAGUUUAUUUACCGACUACAUUCGCGACGCGCGCGCGUUGUAGGUCUCGUGUCUCAAAUUUGUGGUCCGUGUUUUCUCAUGUAGAUUCUAAUAAAAAAAUCUGUGUACUUUUAUGUUAAUAUUUUGGUGUGCCAUUUUAACUAAACAAAUAAAAUUCCUCAAACUUUUCUGUGAUUUUCGAAAGUACUCAAUAAAGUACCCAUUGAGAGUGAUAAAAGGUGUGCCGUGGUUCGAAUUUUGAAUCGUGAAUAAACUUUUGUGCAUUCGCGUGAAAAAUACAGGUGUUUUGUUUCGAUGAAUUUGUGUGUUUAAAUGAGAUGUUGAUACGGAAAAAGUUUACAUUCGAAAUCGAUUGUCAGUUGCAUAGUUGAGUGAUCUUCGUGUGAUUUCUUCAACGAGACGAGUUCGCAAGAUGUGUUCAUCGAGACACCUCAGCAAUCGAACAAGCUCUCGUCAGUCCUGAUGUUGUCCGGAACAUUCCAUGAAGUCGGCUGACAUGCAGCCAUGGCCAGUGGCAAGGCUCUGUAUUCAAUAGCGGUGGUCGCAUUGGGCUUCAUUUGCUUCGUUGUAGGUGCCAUUGCUGUUGGUCUACCUACUUGGGGAAACUUCCAUAGCUAUGAUUCUGACUUUCAACUCUCAGUUCCUGGGUACUAUUUAGACAACCCGAACUUCGACCAGGGUUACUUCGGACCAUGGCGGGUUUGCAAGAAACUUCUCUACAACAGGGAGAAAUGCGGCUCAGACGUCUCCAAGUUCCAUCCGUCGACGGCGGUGUAUAUAGCGGGUGUGGUGGCUUCCGUCGGCGUGUCCAUUCUUGGUGUAUUCUGCAUACUGUCAGUACUGCAACUCGCCAUGAUAUCGUCGAAGGAACGCGUCGCCUUCAAGUACACUCAUCUCGUGAUGUUGAAAUUGGCGUUGGCGCUUUUAGCCACGCUGCUGUCUAUUGUGGCAGCAGGUUUGUUCGCCGUACAAGGCGAUGACAGAGGCUUCUUCGUGACAAGGGGUGAAGCUUUCUAUGUGCAGAUAGUGAGUAUAGUGAUAAACUCUAUACUGUUUAUAAUGUCACUAUACGACGCGCUGUUCUCGCGACGGGCUGGCGGUGAUCCUACAAAUCCGUUAGGGGAACCUGAGGGCACCACCAUCAACAACCCUGGAUUCAAAGAAGGAAGAGGAAUCUCAAUGACUGACGCGUCAGGGAAGCCGUACAGCACAAAUGGUCACGGAAGCGUGGCGUCAAUGAAUACUACGGCCACAACGCUGACUGGCAUGUCGGAUGCCAGUACAAUAACGAGAUCCCCGCUACGGUCGUCUCUCAAGAAACCGCGGCCAAGAGAAGGGGAACCCGGUGGCCUGGGCAUACAAAACCCGGGCUAUUCAGGCCACUCGCCACCAUUAAACCGUAAUGGCAGUCAGAAAAAAGUGCGCAUCCAAACACACAGUACUGAGGUGUAAACAAGUUUCCCUUUACAAACAAUUUCUAUAUAAAACUGUAGCUCGACUUAAAACUAUGUAAGCGAUGACUAAAUAACUAUAUUUUUCUAGUUACUGAUUGAAUGCUUGAAACUGAGCUGUGGUCAGCGUAGCUAAAAAAUCUGUUCUCUAACAAUUGUGACUUUAAUUACGAACGUAAAAUAUCAAAGUUUUCACACUUAAAUAAAACGUGUAGAAGAUAAGACAUAUUACUGACUGAAACUGAUGACAACAGAAAUGUUUUACCAACCACAAAACUGCGGCCUACUCAUGUGAAUUGUGUCAUACUACAUCUUGCUUCUUCAUACAAAAUUUUGAUAACAUUCCAUGUACAAACAUAACUGCUAGUGCACCUAAAGCCUUGUCAUGAUUUCUGUGAACCGUCAACCUCAACACUCGAAUAUCUAAAAUACUAGCUACUCUCGUGCGGUUUCACCCGCUGCUCGGCUCCAUUUAAUCGUAGCGUGAUGUUUUAUAUCCUAUAGCACUCAGGAACAUUGUAGCUAUCUAACAAUGAAAGAAUUUUAGGAAAUUCGAGCAGCGGUUCCAAAGAUUACACCCUACAUACAAACUUACGAACUUACAAAUUUUACCUCUUUAUAAUAUUGGUAUAGAUUUAUCUCAACUUACAAUAUAAUUUUGUCUGAAGAAGCAUGGUUUAUAUUUAUUUAAACACUUUAUUAUUGCAUAGAUUAACCCAAGAAGGCACUGGUAUAAAACGCAUAAGUGUAUAAAUCAACUAGGAAUUUUAUAAAUAUGUAUGUAUGUACCUUUUUACAAAUAGAUACCUUUUUACCGUUUUAAUAGGAUUAUUUGUGGUUACUUGUAAAAAUAUGAAUUUAUUAAAAAUUAAUAAAUUAAUCAAAUGUUUACAUAGCUAUUGCAAUGUA